AUGCUGCCCGCCGCCCCGCCGCCUCCCGAGGAGCGCGUGCGCCCACCGCCUCUUCCACCGAAGAACGUCCGCGGUCGCGAGCUGGGCCUGCUCGUCGCCGUCGUCGACCGCGCCAGGAACCUCGACUGCGGCUCUCGCGAUGCUGCCGAGCAGCCGCGACCACCACCGUUCGUCGAGCUGGCCCUCACGGGCUCGGUCGACCCCAAGACGCGCACGCGGGUCGAUGAGCGAGGACGAGGCGAGGGACCAGUGUGGGACGAGGAGUUCCGGUUCCGCUUGUUCGAGGUCGAUGGCUCGCCGCGCCAGCACCUCGUCGUCAAGGUCAAGCGGCGGGAGCGCGACGGAGCGGCCGACAUCGAGCUCGUCGGCGAGGCGCGCAUCAUGGUGGACGGAUCGUGGGACCACUUCGACCAAUGGGUCACGCUCAAGCGCGACGGCAAGUACCAGGGCGAGGUCUACCUCGAGCUCACGUUCUACAAGCCCGAGCAACCUCCACCGUCUGCCGAGGUCGCUCGUCCUCAACCAGCAGGCCAUCACUCGUCGCCAUCCGUCCUCGCCCGCGUACCCGCCCUCGCUCAGCAGCUCGGCCAGAUGGCCGUGCACGACCUGGCGCCGUCCACUCACGACGAGGCGCGCCGCCAUACCAGCCUCGAGGACCACGUGUCAUUGCCGCUUCCUGGCGAGCUCGACUCGUCGCCGCAACUACCGGCUUCGCUUCGCCCGGGUCGCCCGACCCGUCAAGCUCCGCCCCCGCCGUCGGCGCUCGAGCCGCCGGCGCAGCAGCACGGUCUCGCCUACUCGGCCGGUCGGCUGCCGAGCCCCGGUGCAGCUUCAGUCGUCGGCCUGUCCGGCCCUGCUCAACGCUCCGAGACGGCGCCGUGGCCGGCGACGCCGGCGCAGCAUGCGGCGUCGUACCCGCCUCCUCGCGUCGCUUCGACUGCGCCCGCCAUCGCCGUCUCGCAGCCGACGAUGCUCGCUGCGGCGACGUACCCGGUGCCGGCGCAGUACCACACGCCCGCUUUUACCGCGCCUCGCCUGUCGAGCACCCCGGCCGCCCAGUUCCCGAGCCCGCACCCCUCGACCUCGCCACAUCCUCCGCACCCGUCGCAGGCGGCUCCUCGCGUUCCGUCACACUCGCCGUCGCAGCUUUACUACGCGUCGCCCGAGCCGAGCCCGCCGUUUGCGGUGGCGCCCUCGUCGACGACCUUCUUCCCCUCGACCUCGCUCCCUCCUCGUUCCCCCUCACCGAGCCCAUCCCGACCUCCUGUACCUCCUCGGCCAUCGAGUGCGGCGAGCGUCGCCAGCCUGAGCCGGAUGCCGGGCGCUAUGCCCGCCAGUCCGCCCCUCGCGACGUCCACCUCGCCCGCGCCGUUCGACCUCGCGCUCACCACCUCGCCCGCACCUCCCCUUCCUCCUCUCGACCACCGACGCUCGUCCCUGUCGCCGCAUCCCGCCGCUCAUCCAGCAGAGCAGCGCCCGUCGAGCGCCGCCUCUCGCCCGCUCCCGCCCAACCCGUCGGGCGACAUCCGCCCCUCGCCGACGCCCUCCCUCGAGUCGAAGCACCGCGAGGCCUCGUCGUCUCGAGAGGCGUACGAGCCCCCGCCGCCGUCGUACGCGUCGGACGCGAGCGGGAGCAGCGUGACGCUCACGCCUCGGCGCGCCGCCGCAGCCGAGGCGCACAGCGACGCCGAGCGGCGAGAGGCCGAGCGGCGCGCGCGCAUCAUCGAGGAGCAGCGUGUGCGCAUGGACGAGGAGCGCCGGCGGGCCGAGGAGGCGCGGCGGCGCAGCGAGGCGGACGAGGCGCGGCGCCGGGCGGACGACGAGGCGCGGCGAGCGCGGCAGCGAGAAGAAGAAGAGUCGCGCCGGCGUUGCGAGCAGGAGGCUGCAGACCGCCGACGGCUCGAGACCGAGCGCCUGCGCCCCUCGCACGAGGAGGCGUCGCAGCGGGCGGCGCGCAUCGAGCGCGAGCGGCUCGCGCAGGUCGAGGCGGCUCAGCGGGUCCGCGCUGCUCGUCGGGCGCAGGAGGAAGAGGACGCACGCAUGGCGGCGCAGCUCGCCGACGAGGCCGAGCAGGCUGAGCGGCAGCGCGAGGCUGCGCGGCGCGCCGCCGACGAGGAGGCGGUCCGGCGGCUGCUCGACGAGGAGCGGGCGGCGGCGGCACUCGCGCAGCGGGAGCGGGAGCGGGAGGACGAAGAGUUUGCGCGGCGGUUCAGGGAGGAGGAGAGGAGGCGCGAGGCCGAGGAGCGCGGCGAGAGGGAGAGGGCCGAUGAGGCGCUCGCGAGGAGGCUGAGGGAGGAGGAAGACGCCGAGCGGCAACGGGCACUCGUGGAGGACGAGCGGAUCGCUCGCAGCUUGGCGGAGCAGCAGGGGGAGCGGCGAGCGAGGGCGGACCAGCCGAGGCCGUGA